AUGGCGACGUCAGGAACAUACGUGACGGAGGUACCGUUGAAAGGAACGGCCGAGAAACACUACAAGAGGUGGAAAAGCGAGAACCAUGUCUUCCCUGACGCCAUCGGCCACCACAUCCAAAACGUCACCGUUCAUGAGGGCGAAUCUGACUCCCACGGUUCGAUCAGGAGCUGGAACUACACAUGGGAUGGAAAGGAGGAGAUAUUCAAGGAGAAGAGAGAGGUAGACGAUGAGAACUUAACGUUGACGUUAAGAGGACUUGAGGGUCACGUGAUGGAGCAGCUCAAGGUAUAUGAUGUCAUCUACCAAUUUAUCCCCAAAACUGAGGAUACCUGCUCCUGCAAAAUCACUAUUGUGUGGGAGAAGCGCAACGAUGAUUCUCCUGAACCAAGCACCUACAUGAAAUUCGUCAAGAGCUUGGUCACCGACAUGGACCACCACGUCAACAAAGCCUAA